AUGCGUUUCCGUAUAAGACCCAAGAGGAUGCUAACUCCUCAAAAUGGGCAAAUGAAACACAAGGCCAAGAAGAAGAUGUUGAUGAUGAGGAACCUAUGGAGGUUGAGCCUAGACGGAGAAAAAGAGUUCGGUUUCUACCGCCGCUGCUGCCACCGCCUUCAUCAUCUUCUUCUUCUCGCCCUGUUGUGCCUGCCCGCCGCUACCACCGCUUCCACUGCUUUCUUCUUCUUCUUCUUCUUCUUCUUCUCGCCUUGUCAUGCCCACCCCGUGAGUUGCCCGAUCAGGCCACGCCGGAGCGCCGAUUCAUCCAGAGUACCAAUCAACAACUUCUGCAAUAGAUAUGACAAGUUCUGCCCAUUCUACAAAUUAGUUUGGAUGAUGCGUAACAUUAUUCACUUCAACACUUUGGCGAAUCAGGCCGUCGAGAGAGGAGCAGGUUCUAAUGGUCAAAAGAUCACUUAUAGCAUCAUCAAGCAUUGAUUAGGUGACCUCUUCUAUCGAUUAGUGUAAGUAGUAGACCUUUAAGACCCUAUUUGUGCAAGUUGGUCGUAAAGUGGCUGCUAAUUGAAGGCUCGAUUAUGUUGUUUGCCUUCGUCAGGUCCCAAAAGUUUGAAGACCUUGCCGAAGGUGAGGAAGCUCUUGAUAUACGUACACUAUUUUUUUUUAUUUAGAUUGUAGAUAAUACUAUUUUACAUGUAUAAAGAUUGGGUAACCAACAGGUACAUUAGUAGUGGUUUUCACAAGGUUUUUUUGGUUUUAUUAACAAUUUUGGCUAUAUAGUGUACAUAUUUUUAUGUUGUAAAUAAAUCUAUUUUACAGGUGCAACAACUUGAAAGGCACAAAGAUAUUGAUAAACACAUGAAUCAUCAUUUCUUAUUACGAGAUGAAGAGGUUUAUUUAACUUGGGGCUAUUUGUGUUGUGUAUAUAUAUAUAUAGUUGCAAGAAAGAGGAUUAUGUGUUAGAUGAUGAGAUUUCUUAUUGAACAAUUUUAUUUAUUGAUUUUUCUAAAUAAUAUAUAUUCUAAAUCAUCUUUAUCUCUAAUAAGAA